AAGCCGCCCCGCGAGCUUCCGCCCCGCCUCUUUGCGCCGGUGCCGCACCAUGGGUAUCUCCCGGGACAACUGGCAUAAGCGUCGCAAGACUGGGGGCAAGAGGAAGCCCUACCAUAAGAAGAGGAAGUAUGAGUUGGGGCGACCUCCCGCCAACACUAAGAUUGGCCCACGCCGGAUUCACACCGUCAGGGUUCGAGGGGGAAAUAAGAAGUACCGAGCCCUUCGCUUGGACGUCGGCAACUUCUCCUGGGGGUCAGAGUGCUGCACUCGCAAGACCAGAAUUAUUGAUGUUGUGUACAACGCUUCCAACAACGAGCUGGUGCGGACCAAGACCCUGGUGAAGAACUGCAUCGUGCUCAUCGACAGCACCCCGUACCGGCAGUGGUACGAGGCCCACUAUGCCCUGCCCCUCGGGCGCAAGAAGGGCGCCAAACUGACUCCUGAAGAGGAGGAAAUACUGAACAAGAAGCGUUCAAAGAAGAUCCAGAAAAAAUAUGAUGAGCGAAAGAAGAAUGCCAAGAUAGCAAGUAUUCUUGAGGAGCAGUUCCAGCAAGGAAAGCUACUUGCCUGCAUUGCCUCCAGACCUGGACAGUGUGGCCGAGCAGAUGGCUACGUGUUGGAAGGCAAGGAAUUAGAGUUCUACUUGAGGAAGAUCAAGGCCAGAAAAGGCAAAUGAAUAAAAACUAUUGUAGUAAGAGAACGAAUAAACCAAGAGUCUUCUACCCUAACA